GCUGACUACAUUUCAGAAAGCAUCAACUUUUCAUGAUGGACCCAUUUAUCAAAUGGAAUAUGCCUGUACUACUUUAAAAAGCUUUGUGCUUAAUCCUGGAAAAUUUACUCCCCUAAAAUGAAAAUGAAGACAUUUGAGAAGGUGAUUUAAGGUGUGAACAUUUGAGGAAGUGUCCCAUUAAAUCAGUGAACCAAAGGAUAAGUACUGAAUAGAUUAAUCCUAAACACUUACUGUUUUUUAAACCAGGAAGAUUUCAUCUUGACAGAAAAACAGUUUUUAUUCAUUAUGUAUUUUAUGAAACUAAAAGAGAGAGACAAGAAUAGACUUAAAAGAAAAUAGAUGAAGAUGUUCAGUAAAUAAGCAAUGUCAGUUCUCUUCUGAUGAGAAUAAUUCCGUGAUGUUAAAUCCUUUCCAAAUCCCUGGUUGUGGUCCUAAAGACAAGAUUCUUUUUUGAUGGGACUGAUAUUACGGGAAGUAGGACCUUUUGUGAAUUCAACUCACAGUUGAAGAACUUGCCAUCAUCAGCAUGAGUGGUUUAAAAGAGGAAAUAAAGAAGCUUUCAACUAAAUCGAAAAGUACAGUCAUUUUUUCACUGCUGUGAUUUUAAGGCCUCCUCAUAACCAUUGAAAAAGAAUUGACAACUGUUUUAAAAGACUUAAAAAAGGCAGAUGUCUGCAAACAAUUCUCCUCCAUCAGCCCAGAAGUCUGUAUUACCUACAACUCUUCCUGCUGUGCUUCCAACUCCUUCUCCGUGUUCAAGUCCUAAAACAGGACUCUCUGGGCGACUCUCUAAUGGAAGUUUCAGUACACCAUCACUCACCAACUCCAGAGGCUCAGUGCAUACAGUUUCAUUUCUACUGCAAAUUGGCCUUACACGGGAGAGUGUUACCAUUGAAGCCCAGGAACUAUCUUUAUCUGCUGUCAAGGAUCUCGUGUGCUCCAUUGUUUAUCAAAAGUUUCCAGAGUGUGGAUUCUUUGGCAUGUAUGACAAAAUCCUUCUCUUUCGCCAUGACAUGAACUCAGAAAAUAUUUUGCAGCUGAUUACCUCAGCAGAUGAAAUACAUGAAGGAGACCUAAUAGAAGUUGUUCUUUCAGCUUUGGCCACAGUAGAAGACUUCCAGAUUCGUCCACAUACUCUCUAUGUACAUUCUUACAAAGCUCCUACUUUUUGUGAUUACUGUGGUGAGAUGCUCUGGGGAUUGGUACGUCAGGGACUGAAAUGUGAAGGCUGUGGAUUAAAUUAUCAUAAACGAUGUGCCUUCAAGAUUCCAAAUAACUGUAGUGGUGUGAGAAAGAGACGUCUGUCAAAUGUCUCCCUGCCAGGACCUGGCCUCUCAGUUCCAAGAAACCUCCAGCCUGACUGUGUACCCCUUCUCACUGAAGAGUCACAUGUUCAAGAACCUAGUAAGAGAAUUCCUUCUUGGAGUGGUCGCCCGAUCUGGAUGGAAAAGAUGGUAAUGUGCAGGGUAAAAGUUCCACACACGUUUGCUGUUCACUCUUACACGCGCCCCACAAUAUGUCAGUACUGCAAGCGGUUACUGAAAGGCCUCUUUCGCCAAGGAAUGCAGUGUAAAGAUUGUAGAUUCAACUGCCAUAAACGUUGUGCAUCAAAAGUACCGAGAGACUGCCUUGGAGAGGUUACUUUCAAUGGAGAACCUUCCAGUCUGGGAACAGAUACAGAUAUACCAAUGGAUAUUGACAGUAGUGACAUGAACAGUGAUGGUAGUCGGGGCUUGGAUGACACAGAAGAACCGUCUCCCCCAGAAGAUAAAAUGUUCUUCUUGGAUCCAUCUGAUCUUGAUGUGGAAAGAGAUGAAGAAGCUAUUAAAACAAUCAGUCCAUCAACAAGCAGUAACAUUCCACUAAUGAGGGUCGUCCAAUCCAUCAAGCACACAAAGAGGAAGAGCAGCACGAUGGUGAAGGAAGGGUGGAUGGUCCAUUACACCAGCAGGGAUACCCUGAGAAAGAGGCAUUAUUGGAGACUGGACAGCAAAUGUCUAACAUUGUUUCAAAAUGAAUCUGGAUCAAAGUAUUAUAAGGAAAUUCCACUUUCAGAAAUUCUCCGCAUAUCUUCGCCACAAGAUUUCACAAACAUUUCACAAGGCAGCAACCCACACUGUUUUGAAAUCAUCACUGAUACUAUGGUAUACUUUGUUGGUGAGAACAAUGGGGACAGCUCUCACAAUCCUGUUCUUGCUGCCACUGGAGUGGGACUUGAUGUAGCACAGAGCUGGGAAAAAGCAAUUCGCCAAGCUCUCAUGCCUGUUACCCCUCAAGCAAGUGUUUGUACUUCUCCAGGGCAAGGGAAAGAUCACAAAGAUUUAUCUACCAGUAUCUCUGUAUCUAAUUGUCAGAUCCAGGAGAAUGUGGACAUCAGUACUGUUUACCAGAUCUUUGCAGAUGAGGUGCUUGGUUCAGGCCAAUUUGGUAUCGUUUAUGGAGGAAAACACAGAAAGACUGGAAGGGAUGUGGCUAUUAAAGUAAUUGAUAAGAUGAGAUUCCCCACAAAACAGGAAAGUCAGCUCCGUAAUGAAGUGGCUAUUUUACAGAAUUUGCACCAUCCUGGGAUUGUAAACCUGGAAUGUAUGUUUGAAACCCCAGAACGAGUUUUUGUAGUAAUGGAAAAGCUGCAUGGAGAUAUGUUGGAAAUGAUUCUGUCCAGUGAGAAAAGUCGACUUCCAGAACGAAUUACUAAAUUCAUGGUCACACAGAUACUUGUUGCUUUGAGGAAUCUACAUUUUAAGAAUAUUGUGCACUGUGAUUUAAAGCCAGAAAAUGUGCUACUUGCAUCAGCAGAGCCAUUUCCUCAGGUGAAACUGUGUGACUUUGGUUUUGCACGUAUCAUUGGUGAAAAGUCAUUCAGGAGAUCUGUGGUAGGAACUCCAGCGUACUUAGCCCCUGAAGUUCUCAGGAGCAAAGGCUACAACCGUUCUCUAGAUAUGUGGUCAGUGGGAGUUAUCGUCUAUGUGAGUCUCAGUGGCACAUUUCCUUUUAAUGAAGAUGAAGAUAUCAAUGACCAAAUCCAAAAUGCUGCAUUUAUGUACCCACCAAAUCCAUGGAGAGAGAUUUCUGGUGAAGCAAUUGAUUUGAUAAACAACCUACUUCAAGUGAAGAUGAGAAAACGUUACAGCGUGGACAAAUCUCUUAGUCAUCCCUGGCUACAGGACUAUCAGACUUGGCUUGAUCUUAGAGAAUUUGAAACUCGCAUUGGUGAACGUUACAUUACACAUGAAAGUGAUGAUGCCCGCUGGGAAAUCCAUGCAUACACACACAACCUUGUAUACCCAAAGCACUUCAUUAUGGCUCCCAAUCCAGAUGACAUGGAAGAAGAUCCUUAGUUAUCAGUGAGCUAACUUCAGCAAGGAAGGAUUUCAUGUUAUGGACUGAUACUUCCUGCACAACUUUUGUUCUCCGUAGGUUGUCAUCUGAAAGGAUGCAAAGACAUGAGGAGAUAUGGUAAAGAAUUAGUGACACCAAUACUGUAGUUUAUAAUGAGCGGGUACAAGAGGGGAGUCUGAGUAAUAAAAACACAUAAUGGAACCCAAGGUGAAGCUUUUCAUAAAUUUUUAUAGCAUCAGCAAUAACUGGUUUUUGUAUUUUUUCCUAAUCCUUCACUUUAGUACAAUAGUGGCACUUAAUUUAUCUUCCCUUUCCUGUUCUUGUAUGUUUUUAAAGGAGGAAAAGGCAGGCUGGAGUCCAGUUAUUGCAUAGCUUGACCAGAUCAUACAAGAGUUGCAGGUUGGUUAUUAAACACAUUUGCAUUUACACGAUAACUGAGAGGCUGCCAGCAUGCCAUUUCCUAUAAGGACUUUAAACAUUUGUUUAACUGACCAUGGAAGCAUCGAGGGGAUUUUCCUAGACACCUAGAACAGGAGUGCUGGACUGCUUUACCUUCUUUUACCAAAACAGUGAUCCUUAACCUUUUUGGAGUUGGAAUUCUGAAUAUGUUCUUCACAACAUAAAAACUAAGUUGUCAUCUUUUUGUAUGUUGCAACAGUCUCUAAGAUAAUUUGGGACAACUGAUUGUACAAAACCAGGAGUAGGAACUGCUGGUCUAAGUGCUGAGUUGUCUUGUAUGCUUUCUUAUAGCUCAACUCUGCUGCUAAAGACUCACAUCCCACUGAUGCCGCUGUGAUGCCACAAUGGGAUUCCAACAUUCAGUGGGUCUAGAUCUGAACUCUUAAGUACACAAUUUAUCUGUACACGGGGUUGAAUAACUUGAGGAAGAAAAUUAAAUACAUGCUAAAAGUAAGGCCAGUGCAGAGUCAGUUAAUGCUCUAGAAAAGAACAGCAAACAGUAUCCUUUCUUCCCUUAGCUUACAGCUUAGAAAAGCUUGGAAAGCUUUAUAGAUAUUUGAUAAAAACAUUAAGCAGUUUGAGGGCAUGGUUGGGCUGAAACAUGGAACAGUUUAUAAGAAAGGGCUAUAUUAUCAGCUGAGCAAAUAGAAGAAUAAGUUUUUGGGUUUCUUUAACAUUUCAACUCCAGCAGCCAGCGAAAGAAUCUUUUUUUUUAACCCAGAUAUAGUAUUAGACUUUUUCAUAGUUUUUAAAAUGUUACUAAUAAUUCUCCUCUCCCAUAAAAAAAGGUAAAGAUCUGGGACUAUCCACUUAUAAAAAACCUAGUAGUCUUUUACUUCUUCAUUCCUUGUUAAUCAUUGUAAACUAUUUUUCCCCCUCCAAAAAGAGCAAAAGAUGUGGAGUCGAAAAAUCUGGCUCCAUUCCUUACUGGCUGCAUUGGCCUGGGCAAGUGACGGUCUGUCUGAGCCUCGAGUUCCUCAGUCUGUAUGAUGAAGACUGUAAUUCUUGCCUCUACCUUCUUCACAUUUGGUUGUGAAGAUCAGGUAUUUAUGAACAUAUUCAAUAAACUAAAAAUUAUAAAACUGUUAACUUGUCACUGCCCACUGAAUUGGAGCUAGCAAAGGAAAGGAAUGCUCUUCUUGUCAACAGACUAAGACUGAGAUGGCCUCUAGAGAGCCUUGAAACUACUCCCCAUCUAGGAAGAAAAACAUAACUUGAGAGAACACAAGCAAACAUGCAGUGCUCCUUUGUGAGCGUCUUAUACGUUUUAAUUUACCUCACAACAGCCAUGAGGUAAGUGCAUUAUGAACCCUAUCUCUCAGAUAAGGAAAUGGAGGCACAGGGAGAUUAUGUAACCAGCUGCUGAAGGUGCAGUUGGGAUGUGGAUUUGAACCCGGGCAUUGUAGCUCCAGAGUCCCUCUUACGACCCUGAUAACCAUUCUGCUAUACUGCCUACCCCUACAUAUCUCUAGGUGACAUUCCACAAUGUCUCUCAGUAUUUCAUUCUCAUAUAGGAAUUUAAAAUUUUUGGAGAUGUAUUAUUUUCCUUGUGACAGAGGAUGACUUCUCCAAAUUUCUCCAAAAUAAUAACUAUUUAUAUCAGUAUGCUAAAACAAAGUAAUUCUGAGUCAUUAGGCACCCUGUUGUGGUUUUACUGCAUAAGAUGAAAAUUAACUGGAAUGAUGUCUGUUUGCUAUACUUAUAUAAUCAAACUUUACAAGCCAUGAAAUUAAUUGCACUCUUUUUGUUUUUGUUGUUGAAUGCCUGAGUUUUCUUUAAAAAAAAAAAUUGUAAAAGCACUGUCAGAUAAUUUGGAGUUGAAUAAUUUCUCCAGUUACUGUAUAACCUGCAUAACCUUUUUUUGUCUUGAAGUCAUGUUCUAUUUGUAUAAGAAUUAUUGUUAGAAACAUUUGAUAAUGUACAAAGUAGUCUAUAAUGCAAUGUUUAGUACAUUUUUAUUUUUUGUUACAUCCCACUUUUUGUAAAUAUCCUCAAAGAAGCUUGAUAAUAAAAUGUAUUUCCAGAAA